UAUUUCUUCCUGAAUUAUGAAAACAUAAAAUUCUUAUAAGGGGGUGUUUACAUUCAUCAGCAUCACCACAUAAGCCUGUAAUUACAGUGUGAAGGUUCGUGCUGAAUUUUGAAGAGACAAGUGAAGUGGGGUUGAGCCAGAGGGAGGGAGAGAGAGAGAGGGGAAGGGAGAAAGCCAUCCUCCAUCCUAUAGAUCCAUCAGUGGGCAGGCAGGAGACGGAUACAAGCUCUCCUCCUCCUUCCCGCUCUGUUGCAUCCCUCCAUCCUCUUCUCCACCCAUCCACCUCUCCAUCCACCCAUUCAUCUCCAAGGGCGUCUCAAGGGGUGACGAGAGUCUGACAUACAUGUGGGUUUAGCGCACGUCUGCAUGCGUGAGUCCUCCGCGUAAAGCAGCCUUUCCUGUGCACGUCUGGUCUGUGUGUUGUGGAACCGCCGGCAUGAGGAGCUGAAACUAGAACCGACAGAACGAUGAAAAUGCUCCGGUUUCGCAGCCCCAGCAUCCGCUCCUUGGACCAGGAGAUCCUGUGCACGAUCCGGUUACUGGACGACUCCGAGAUCUCCUGCAGUAUUCAGAGAGACACCAAAGGCCAGUUCCUGUUGGACCAUGUGUGUAAUCACUACAACUUGCUGGAGAAAGACUACUUUGGGAUUCGAUAUGUGGAUCCUGAGAAACAAAGGCACUGGCUGGAGCCCAAUAAGCCCGUGGUGAGGCAGAUGAAGUCAGCUCAGCAGCCGUACACUAUGUGCUUCCGGGUCAAGUUUUAUCCCCACGAGCCGAUGAAAAUCAAGGAAGAGCUCACCAGGUAUCUCCUGUACCUCCAGUUGAAAAGAGAUAUCUACCACGGUCGUCUCCUCUGUCCUUUCGCUGAAGCUGCAUAUCUGGGAGCCUGCAUCAUACAGGCUGAGCUCGGGGAUUAUGACCCAGAGGAGCACCCGUCAGACUACAUCAGGGACUUCAAACUAUUCCCUAAACAGUCCCUCAAACUGGAGAGGAAGAUUAUGGAAAUUCACAAGAAUGAGCUCAGGGGCCAGUGUGCUGCUUUAGCAGAGCUGAAUAUGCUCCAAAGAGCUCACAGCCUUGAAACGUAUGGAGUCGAUCCUCAUCCAUGCAAGGACUUCACAGGCUCCACCGCCUUUCUUGGGUUCACAGCCACAGGGUUUGUGGUCUUCCAGGGAAACAAGAGGAUCCACCUCCUCAAAUGGGCUGAUGUCAGCAAACUGAAGUUCGAAGGGAAAACCUUUUACGUUAUCGGGAUUCAAAAAGAGAUCUCCUUAACAGGCAGGAUUCACUGUAACAGGAUGAAGAAACUGGUGUUGACAUUUCACACCUCAACCCCUGCAGCGUGUAAACACUUAUGGAAGUGCGGAGUGGAGAACCAGGCCUUUUAUAAGUGUGCGAAGUCGAGUCAGAUAAAGACAGUUUCUAGCAGUAACAUCUUCUUCAAAGGCAGCAGGUUCAGAUACAGUGGAAGAGUAGCCAAGGAGGUGAUAGAAGCCAGCUCCAAAAUUCUGAGAGAGCCUCCAGAAGUGCGCAGAGCCCAGUUUGGUCAGAGUCGAAGUUUUAACUCUCUGAGCCACAAGAAUCUCAUAAUGAACAUGGAACCUCUGGUACCUGCGCUGCCCUCCACCAACGAGUACGAGGAGACGGCGGCGGACAGCGGUGUUGUUGCUGUGAAGGACUCUGUCCCGUUGUCGCCUCUCAAACCUUCAGCUGCACCUACAGACGCUGAGCAACAAAGUCCUGAUGGAGGAAACUCUGCUCUGGGCAUCGACCUGCAGCCUCCCCGUGUUUCCAUGGAAACCUCAAAUCUGCGACCUCAAACACCCAAACCUGAAGACAAAUUGGAGGAAGAUGACGAGGGCAGUGGCCCACUCACUAUCUCUGAGCUCACCUACAGCCCCUGUGCCAGCAUGCUUCCCACCCCGGUAGAUGACGGUCAGGGAGGGGUCGACUUGCUCUUCUCCUCUCCGGUUCAGAGCCCCGCCAGGCUGCUGAGGGAGCUCCACGCUGACCCCGACAUCCAGGCCCAGCUGGAGGCUGAGAGGGAGCGAGACCGGGCCUACGAACGAACCCGCCAGGCUGCAAGAAGUCGAAUGAGUGGAGUCCUGACCAGCAGCCUGCGCCUGCUGUCGUCCAAUGAGAGAGUCAACGCCUGUGUGCUGAGCAUGGCCCGCUUCGUUGCUGUGGUGAUGGGCGUCCUGCUGGUCACUGUGCCGAUGCUGCUGCUGCUGCUGGAGUCAGACAUCGACGUGUCAUUCCUCCACGAGAUCCGCCAGACGCCAGAGUUUGAGCAGUUUCACUACGAGUAUUACUGCCCGCUGCGGCGCUGGAUCCUGUGUAAGAUCAGCACGGCCAUGGAGAACAUCUGGUCUGACUGAAGAGGAGCAGAAGGAAAGGGAAGGAGAGUCACUGCAGGGGAAAUAAACAAGCCCAAAUGUCUGUCUUAACAUGUGAAUUAAUCUUAUGUUCAGUCUUAACAACAGGCAUCUUUUGAGGCAAUAAAAACAAUCUGCCAAGUGGUUGAAAUGAUUUCACUUGUGAUCAAGUACAUUUUAUUUUAUGCAAAGAUGCACUGCAUCACCUAGGAUGGGUUGCAAAUUGGUGUUUUUGAUUCAAAAGGGGGGAAAACUUUGAUUUACUAUUAGGAUUCCCAGAACAGUAUUUCUGACUGACUUACACUGAAACAAGUAAUUUGUUUCGCCCCUUUGGCACCAUGAUUUACUGCCUUAAAGAAAAGAUAGAUAAGAGAGAAAUAAGAUUUAAUUAUAGGAUUCAGUCACUUGUUAAGAUUGACACUUUUGGCAGGAAUGAGCAGAAAAGAAAGACAAGAAGUACUGCGUUCAUGGAAGAACUUGUUGAUGAAAGAAAUUCAUGAGGGAAGUCAUGGACAGAGAAAGGUCAAAAGGAGUUGGUUUGUUACAAAAUUAUUUUAAAGGCCUGUUCACUCCUGAUGCUGACAAGUUGAUAGAGAGACUCUUUAGUAAGUAUCAAUCAUUCUGAUUGGUUCUCAUCCUCAGAGCAGAACACCUGAUUGGUCGCAGAGCCUGUCAGUCAUGACGGAGUGGGUGGAAACAGAAAGCAAAACGAUCGAUUUGCCACUGAACACAAUAGCCACAGUCAGAGGUACAUUAUAUAUUUAAAAAAAACAAAAGAGAGAUAUUGAUAAUUAAUACCAAUCUUAAAUAAGUUGUUUUUAACGUUUUGUACAUUUUUAUGUGAUCAGAUCUUUCAGGAAUUUUUCAGUCAGAGAAUCUACUUUGAGCUUAUUUUCAAAUUAAGAGUUUACAAAAGACAACAAAAAAAAAGCUCAUUUAAUGAAGUUUAUCAGGGUGAUGGGUGUCGAUAAAUUUAAACUAUUUUUUAAGUCUACCGUCAGCGUUUGUUGGCCCGGUAGCACCCUGGGUUUUUUCCUACAGAGGUUAUAGCACAAAAUCUUUUACACGGACCACAGAUUUCAACUGUUUCAGAUUAUGUGAUGUCAUUUUGGAAACAGGAGGGAGGCAGGUGUAAAACUUCAGCCUGCUGAUGUGUGUUUUGUUGAACUUAUAAAUGUCUUCUGAACUAAAUGUUAGCUCACUGGUUAAGGCUAAAAGUGUAUCAUUUGACAUGACGGAGAGAUUUGAGAGAAAACAUGUAUAGAAAUGCUAAAGGAAGAAAAUGGUACAUAAAGGCUCAUGAGGUGAAAUGACUAUAUGGGACAGUUAUCCAUGAUUUUAGACUUGAGGCUGGUCAUUUGUUGGUUUAUUAUGUGCUAGUUUAGUUGGGAUUCUGUGGAUGUUUAGGGGAAACUGAAGAGAUAUAUUGACUCAUUCAGAAUGCUUUGAGUACUCCAACUACUAAUGACACAUGAAGAGACAAGUGAUGCUUUUAAUUGUCUAAACCUCUCAUUCAAAUAAUGUAUUUGUGCCGAAGAUGCUGAUCAGACGAACAAAUUCAACUGCAGUUACUUAGCUUGUAGAAACAGAUCAGCAUUUUACUCUCUGAAGCAACUUAAACACAAUUUGUAGCAUUUUCGAAGAUCUGUGAUAGCAUCAUGGGGUGUACAUGUCUUUACAUAUGAGUACAUGGUAGUAUUUUCACAAUCUGUGACCAACAUGACAGAGGUACGAUGUUAUACAUAGGGAAGAUGUUUAAUGGUGAAUUUUGAAUGAUGGGAUUCUGGUUUGAGUCGGGCUGCGUUCAUGGAUAUGCACUUGUGAAAAUGUUUUAAUACCAGAUCGCUAGGAGUCUGUGGAGUCAAAUAAAAAAACAAUCAAGGCAAAAACUUAUGAAAAAUUUUAAGAAAAAAAUAGGCAAAGGAUUGAAAAUGUAGAUUGUGACUUAAUGCAAAAGUUAGUUUGUAUGAGAAUGUGUUGGUCUUUGUGAUACAAGUGUGUGUACUGUAAGUACAUGAAGGUGAGAGUUUAAGCAAAUCUGAAACUCCUGUAGCCAUGAUCAGAAGAGGGAACUUCCAGCCAUCGAAACAUUAUUAGUGCAGCGUAGAGAUGGUGCCUGUUGGUUAUAGUAUAGUGGCUCUAAAUACAGAUGGGAGCAAAGAGGAACAGUGAUGAGAGAUGACUUCAGAUUAAAUAAAAAAAAACAGAUGUUUAAAAAAAACAAUAAUGCUGUGUUCAAAAUAUAGUUAGAUUUCUCAGGAAAGGGCAUUAUCAAUUUAUGUUAAAGAAAAUAAAAACAAUAGAAAAGAAAAAGAACACUGCAUCUAAUCACAGCAUACACUAUAUAAUUUACUCAUGACAUUCAUAUAUGUCUUGCUAUUAUGCUAUUAGGAGUAUCCAAACACUGUGUAAAGCCAGACAUAAAGAUGGCUGCAGACUGUCUGGGUUGUUGUAGCCUAAUUUCACUCCACUAUGUAUGCAUCUGUGUCAUUUUCAUUAAAAAUCUACACAAAAAGUCUUCACUGUUGAGAGCCAGGAGUUUGGCCGUUAUAGCUGAGCGUCCAUGCUGCUAGAAAUGAGCAGCAUUGGGGCUACAUUGGCCAGUUUCUCUAUUAAAGCUCUCAGACAGUAUUUAGGCUCUCAUAAAGAACUGAACUAAUGCUUUAAAAUUUAUUUCCAUACUCCAUCUAACCAUCACAGUCCCCUCAUUUUACUUCUCUCCAUUGUUGCUGCUGCAUACUAUCAGCUGUGUUGUCGUGCAACUCCGUAGACUUUAUGCAUUAACGGGCUUUAUGCAUAUCGCAAAUAUGCAGAAACAACAGAUACAUGCUUAUUUGGGACAAAGCAUUUAUUUUCCUACUACAGCACAUGCACUGAGUUUCAACGGUGAAACCAAGCAAAGGGCCAAACCACUAUGAUGACAAUGUUUGCAUUUAAUAUCGCAGAUCCUGAGAAAAGAGCUUUGCUGAUCUGUAAGGACUGCUGAAUGAUCGCCUUCCUCCCAUGAUCACUAACAGAGGGGGGAUAUCAUCCUGUCUUCAUUUGUAACAUCUCCUUGGGUUGAUGCACUGGCGCCAAAAUGCUCGAGGGAUUCACUGUAGAUUUAAAAUUAAAAGAAACUGUAAAGGCUUCAUGUACACAGCUACACAGACGCCCUUUAUUUCUGUGACUAAACCGAGGAAUCUCUCUCUCGGCUCCUUUUGCUGACCUCUCAAUGCAAACUGCAUGCCCUCAUCUGUAAAUACCGUGUUUAUAGCUGUGGCAAAAGAAACCCCAGUGCGGGUAAAGAUUUCCUUUGUUUCCCUCUGUGUGUCUUGUCUCUGUAAAGCGAUCUAGAUAUAGGCUUGGCUGUCUCGAUCCAUCUUAGAUAAAUGCAUGUUCUCUGUUUUUACCAAGAGGAAAGACAUGAGUCACCCAGAAUUAGGCAUUAGUCACCUAAGCAGUUCUUUAAAAAAACAAAACACAUCCUGCACUGUGCUUUGGGCCUCAUUUUAACUAUGUGGUUGCUAAUCUGUUAGCUUCCUCUCAGUAGAUCCAGUCUGAUUACAUCUCAAUCUAAAAAAAAAAGAGGUUGCGCCUUGGAAAAAUGUCAUUUUAUAAUCUCGUAAAGAGCACCCCGAAAAUGUUUGACUAGUUAGCUUCAUUGUGCUUUCGCUGUGUGUUUGUAAACCAUUAAAGCUAAAUGUUAGCACUAACACCUAACCUCAUUCCUAACGGAGCAUGCUAGCAUGUUAGCUUCUGUAUACCAUAAGCAGGGUUUGGGGUUCAUUCACUUUCAGUUCAAAGAAACUUAAUUACACUAUUAAUUGAAUAUCAGAAACAUUAUAGAAAUGUUCAGUUUGUAAUCAGACACAUUAAAACAACUGGACAGUUAAAAGAAAGUAAAACUACACCUCAGCUCACUACAAACUACAAAAAAGGCCUUUUGUUUCUGUGAUGAAAACAGAUCUUGGCCCAUAUGACACUGUAGCAUUAUAUUAGUUUGUAGCUCAUUUUUUAAGUUUUGCAGCCUUUUAACGGGGAAUUUAACCACUUUGAGAUUCAGCUCUUAUUUUGAGCUACUGAACUUGAGUUCUUGUGUUUGACAAACAACAUAUAGAUGGACUGAGAGUACAACUUUUUUUUUUUUUUUGCCUAUACACAUAAAUAAAACUGUGAUUAUAUAAAACACCAAGAUCACACAGCAGUCCAUGUCACAUUUGAUGUAUUUCUUAAUGCAAUUUCAGACGUUCCUGACAGGAGUCAAGUAUUUACAAACCUUAAAUUUAAUUACCUGUCCAAAUCUAAGAAAAAUGCUUUAACCGUCUAAUUCAACUCAUAAGCACUGCUUUUAAGUCAUUUAUUUGAGAUUUUAAAUAUUUGAACUCAGGUCUACUAUAUGCAAAACUGCUGGACAUCACAUGGUAUAAGAGGAAAAUAUACUUUAUAUUAUUUCAGUGUUGUGUGGGCAUGUACAGUAGCAGAUUCUCUUGCACGGUCCCUAUGUUGUUUUCAACUGUUAGUCAGACUGAUUGUUUCGUUGUUCUCUUUGUUAGUCUAAUUGUUUUUUGUCUGUUUUGUUUUUCUUUUCUUUCAAUCUCUUUAAUAAGAAACUCUGGGAGAUUUAAUUUAAGCAGAAUCAAAUAAAAGGAAAAAAAAAUCCCUCAGUAAUGACCCUCUCUCUUCUGGGACAACCAAGCCUUAUGAACUUUGUGAAGUGAAAAUUUUGAAUGUUUGUAUGUUAUAAAAGAAACUAUGGAUUGUUUUAUAUGUUAAUACUGCCACAAUAAAACUCCCUAAUGACUAUAUAUUGAAA